GCCAUAAACCAUGGUGAGAUAAGGUCAUAGCUGGUCAAUGAUUUACAGACUUUGGCUGUUUAGUCUGUUCAACUGACAGCAUGCAGCAGAACUUCAAGAUGCUUCCUCAGAGGAAUGGACUGUCCCUUCAGUCUCCACUCAGACCCCUCAGUGUUUUGAUUUUCCAUCUUCUCCUGACACACUCUGUGACAGGUCAGUCUCAGUUGAUGGGUUCACCUCAGCCAAUAGUAGCAACAGUUGGCGAUGACAUCAUCUUACCAUGUCACCUGGAACCUGCAGUGGACGUUGCUGCCAUGAUAUUGGAGUGGACAAGAUCUGACCUGAGUUCUGUUUUUGCUUUUGUGUGGCGCACUGGCCAGGACCUCGUAAAUACUAAACAUCCAUCCUACAAAGGAAGAACAUCUCUGUUCACUGAUGAACUGAAGAGAGGAAACAUUUCACUGAAGCUCUCUGAUGUGAGACCUUCUGAUGCAGGAAGAUACAGAUGCUUCAUUCCAAAACUGAAUGUGGACUCUUUUGUUGAGCUUGUUGUUGGUGCUGCGUCCUCACCUGUCAUCAGUUUAGCAGGGAUUGACAGAGACAAGAGAGGAGCAGUGUUACAGUGUGAGUCUGCAGGCUGGCAUCCAGAGCCUGAGGUGUUGUGGCUGGACGGUGAGGGAAAGCUCCUCUCUGCUGGACCUACAGAGACAGUCAGAGGUCCUGAUGACCUCUAUACUGUCAGCAGCAGAGUGACUGUGGAGAAGAGACACAGCAACAGCUUCACCUGUAGAGUCCAACAGAGGAACAUCAACCAGACCACAGAGACACACAUCCAGGUUCCAGAUGAUUUCUUUAAGGUCCAAUCCAGUUCUUCCACCAUCACUGGUUUGGCUGUUAGUUUGGCUGUUUGCAUCCUGCUUCUGUUUGCAGUUGUCCUUUAUGUGUGGAAACAGAGAGCUAAUAAUGAGAAUGAGCUCCAGGAUGAACACACCAGGAGAGAAGAAGCUGGGAGACAAGUUCAGAGGAAGCAACAGGAGCUGCAGAAGAAGACACAAGAGUUUGAGAGAAACCAGGCUGAAACCAUCAAACAGCUCCAGGUGCAGACACAGUUAAAGGACAGAGCUCAGAGUGAAGUGCAGACCCUGAAGAAUCAGCUGGAGACCAAGAAAACAGAGAACUUCAAGAUGCUUCGUCAGAGGAAUGGACUGUCCCUUCAGUCUCCGCUCAGACCCCUCAGUGUGUUGGUUUUCCAUCUUGUCCUCACACACUCUGUGACAGGUCAGUCUCAGUUAAUCGGUCCAUCUCAGCCAAUAGUAGCAACAGUUGGUGAUGACAUCAUCUUGCCAUGUCACCUGGAACCUGCAGUGGACGUUGCUGCCAUGACGUUGGAUUGGACGAGAUCUGACCUGGAUUCUAUAUUUGUCCUUGUGUGGCGUGCUGGUCAGGACUAUUUACAUAGUAAAGAUCCAUCCUACAAAGGAAGAACAUCUCUGUUCACUGAUGAACUGAAGAGAGGAAACAUUUCACUGAAACUCUCUGAUGUGAGACCUUCUGAUGCAGGAAGCUACAGAUGCUUCAUUCCAAAACUGAAUGUGGACUCUUUUGUUGAGCUUGUUGUUGGUGCUGCGUCCUCACCUGUCAUCAGUUUAGCAGGGAUUGAUGAAGCCAGCAGAGGAGUGGUGUUACAGUGUGAGUCUGCAGGCUGGCAUCCAGAGCCUGAGGUGCUGUGGCUGGACGGUGAGGGAAAGCUCCUCUCUGCUGGACCUACAGAGACAGUCAGAGGUCCUGAUGACCUCUAUACUGUCAGCAGCAGAGUGACUGUUGAGAAGAGACACAGCAACAGCUUCACCUGUAGAGUCCAACAGAGGAACAUCAACCAGACCAGAGAGACACACAUCUCUAUGUCAGAUGAUUUCUUCAAGGUCCAGUCCAGUUCUUCUUCCACCAUCACUGGUUUGGCUGUUAGUUUGGCUGUUUGCAUCCUGUUGAUUCUGUUACUUGUCUUUUUUGUGUGUAAACGGAGGAACAACAGAACCAAGACCAAGAGAAGCCCCUCAGAUGAACGUGAUACAGGACGAAGGGAGAAUCCCUCUGGAGAAGAGAUGAAGUCUCUGAAGGGAAAAGAGGAAAAGAAGAGCAAACAUUGGUUAGUUUCCAGGCAGAAGUACCAGGAGGUGAAGCAGAGGAGGGAGGAAGCUGAGAACAAGGUUACGCACCUGGAGCAGAAGUUGGAGAAGCAGCUCCAAGAUGAGAAGGACAGCAGGAUGAAUUCUGCAGAGGAAGUGAAGGCCUUGAAGCAGGAGCUGCAGAACAGGAACACAGAGCUCCAGGAGGAGAAGAAGAGCAGGAAGGAGUUUGAGGAGAAGGUGAAGGCCUUGGAGCAGGAGCUGCAGAACAAGAACACACAGUUUGAGAGAAACCAGGCUGAAACCAUCAAACAGCUCCAGGUGCAGACACAGUUAAAGGACAGAGCUCAGAGUGAAGUGCAGACCCUGAAGAAUCAGCUGGAGACCAAGAGAAGAGAGAUGGAAGGAAAACAACCUGAAACCACCAGGCAGCUCCCACAGGGACAAGAGGAAGCUCAGAGUGAAGUGCAGACCCUGAAGAAUCAGCUGGAGACCAAGAGAAGAGAGCUCCAGGAUGAGAAGAAGAAGAAGACAGAGUUGGAGAAAGAAGUAAAGACCUUGAAGGAGGAGCUGCAGAACAAGGACAAACAGUUGGAGAAGCAGCUCCUUGAUGAGAAGAAGAAGAACACAGAGCUGGAGAAAGAACUAGAGACCUUGAGGGAGGAGUCGCAAAACAAAGACAGACAGGGUGUGAGGAGAAGAGGGUGGAGUUUCUGGAAAAAAAGAAGACCUUAAAUGAGGAGUUGCAGAACAAGGACACACAGGUCACCAGCUGAGAUUCUGGAGGUGACCUUGGAUCUGAGAGCAGCAGAGCGUGUCCAGAGAGCACCACGAAGACAGUUAACAUCCAUAAUACCAAUGAUACACGCUGAAAUGUUAAACUGUACCACAAUUCAGGAAACUUGAAAACACAAAGCACAUCAUACAUAAAGCACAACACACUCCUCUCCUGAAGAAAUUAAAUGUACGUAUGUUGAUUUAAAAUGUUUUCCAUUGAAAAACUCACAAAAUAUGUUGUGUUGUCAAAUGCAGGGUUUUUAUUUAAUUUUUUUGCUUUACAUUGUGUUUGUGAAGCAUUACUUGAAGUUUUGAUGCAAUACAUAUAUAUAUAUAUAUAUAUAUAUAUAUAUAUUUUUUUU